UCAAGCUGUCAUCAAUGUCUUCUUCUUCCUCCUUCAUCUUCUCCUCCUCCAACGUUUAAACCCUAAUCUCCAAUCUCCUGAUCGCGAAGAUGAUGAUGCUUCGUGUUCUUCAUCUUCUUCUCAUCAUCGCCAUUCUCGCGAUCUCGAUCCUCGCCGAGAAUGAUUCGAUAUACGAGAUCCUUCGAGCACACGCCUUACCAAUGGGGCUAUUACCAAAGGGCGUAAAAGAGUUCGACGUCGACACAAAGACAGGACAGUUCUCGGUUUACCUAAACCGAUCGUGCAAGGCCAAGUACGAGAGCGAGAUACAUUACGAGGCCAACAUUACGGGAACGUUAGGUUACGGAAGCAUCGGUGGUUUGUCGGGUAUAUCGGCGCAGGAUCUCUUCUUGUGGUUUCCGGUUAAAGGGAUUUGCGUGGACAUACCUAGCUCCGGUGUUAUAUACUUCGAUGUCGGAGUUGUUCGCAAACAGUACUCCAUGUCUUUCUUCGAGACGCCUAGAGAUUGUGUAGCUGUUGAGAACGAGGCUGAGUUUCGUGGGGAUGAUAAGAUUCGGUCAUCUAUGUUACAAUUCUACGAGGUGGAUCAAAGUGUCGGGAGAAACAUUGUGUAAGCCAAAAAGGGUUGACGAAUGUUGUAAUGAAGAUGUGAUUAAAGUAUACAAGUUAGAAAACUUUUAGCUGCUCAUGGAUUUUUUUGAAGACACAUAGACACAUACAUACACCUUCCAUUUGAGGUCAGAUGCUCUGUUCGUCCCCCUGAUUGCUUUUCUCACUUUGUUUGAAGUGGAAAAUGAGAGAUGUGAGCGCAAGUUUAGACGGGAAGAACAAGUGUCGGAGGGUUUUGUAUGUAAUGUUGAGAUUCGGUUGUUGGAGCGAUCACAGGUGGUGAUUGAAUGUUUUGUUUUUUUAUGUUUUGCACUUUAUCAUGUAUUUUUCUCCCCCUUGUAGCAUAAUACAUAAUAUGUAUGUUUGUAAUGUAUAAUAUAUGUACCUGUGUAAUCAUAUUCUUUAUCCCAAUAAGAUUAUUUACAUAGUUUGCUGUA